UCGAAUCUGUCGAUGAGGAAAUAAAACUGUGCCAAGAGACGUCACUCAUUAGAAAGCUACAAUGGCAGCCACCAACGCCUCCAAAGAACAGAAAUACGACAGACAGCUCAGGUUGUGGGGUGACCACGGUCAAGAAGCACUGGAGAAUGCACAUGUUUGCCUCAUCAACGCCACAGCAACUGGAACAGAGAUCCUGAAGAACCUCGUACUUCCAGGUAUUGGAGCAUUCACCAUAGUUGAUGGACACACAGUGUCAGGGGAAGAUGUUGGAAACAAUUUUUUCCUAAGCAACAACAACAUUGGGAAGAACAGAGCACAGGCUGCCACUGAGCUGCUACAAGAACUGAACAGUGAUGUCUCUGGAAACUAUGUUGAAGAGAGUCCAGAUAAGCUUCUUGACAACGAUCCAGAGUUUUUCCACAGGUUUACCGUAGUCAUCGGUGUCCACUUGCCAGAAAGCACGUGUUUGAGGCUAGGCUCAGUUCUGUGGAGUGCCUCUGUACCAUUCCUAGUGUGUAAAACCUACGGCCUGAUUGGCUACAUGAGACUAGUGGUGCAGGAGCAUACAGUGAUCGAAUCUCACCCAGACAAUGCCUUGGAGGACCUGAGGUUAGACCAGCCUUUUGCGGAGUUCAAGAACCACAUUCAGUCCUACGACCUUGACAGCAUGGCGAAGAAGGAUCACAGUCACACACCGUGGGUCAUCGUUGUUGCUAAAUACCUGGCGAAAUGGCUCAGUGAGCACAACAGUCAGCCACCGAAAAAUUACAAAGAGAAAGAGGCCUUCAGACAGUUUAUUCGGGAAGGGAUCCUGAAGAAUGAGAAUGGUGUCCCAGAGGAUGAAGAAAACUUUGAGGAAGCUAUUAAGAAUGUCAAUACUGCUUUAAACCCAACCAAGGUUCCUAAUUCUGUUGAAGACCUCUUCAAUAGUGAGCAGUGUAACAACAUCACAUCACAGUCCCUGUCCUUCUGGGUGAUGCUGAGAGCUGUUAAGGAUUUUGUUCACAAGGAAGGCAAUGGAAGCUUACCUGUACGAGGAACCAUCCCAGAUAUGAUUGCAGAUUCUCAGAAGUUCAUCAACCUUCAAAAUGUUUACAGGGAAAAGGCCAUGCAGGAUGCGGCUGCUGUUUCUAAGCAUGUAGAAUGUCUAUUGCAGUCUGUUGGAAAGCCACCAGAGAGCAUCUCUGAAAAGGACAUCAAACUGUUCUGUAAGAAUGCAUCCUUUCUGAGAGUGGUGCGCUGCAGAUCUCUGGCUGAGGAAUAUAGUGUGGAUUCGGUAAAUAAAGAUGAAAUCACGUCAUGCAUGGACAAUCCAGAUAGCGAGAUGGUAUUCUACCUCAUGCUUCGUGCCGUUGAUCGCUUCUAUCAGCAGCACUCUCGCUACCCAGGAGUUUAUAACUACCAGGUGGAGGACGACAUCAGCAAACUGAAGCUCUGCGUGAACAGCCUACUGCAGGAGUACAGCCUCAACGUCAACAUCAAAGACGAUUACAUCCAUGAGUUCUGUCGAUAUGGUGCAGCAGAGCCACAUACAGUUGCUGCAUUUUUGGGAGGAUCUGCUGCUCAGGAGGCCAUCAAGAUUAUCAGCCACCAGUUUGUGCCCUUCAGCAACACUUUCAUUUACAACGCAAUGUCACAGACCUCUGCUACUUUACAGUUGUAAAUCCAGUUACUGAUUCUGAGGUUGCUUACAUAAGUAUCAGAGAAAAUGGAGAAAGAUCAAAAGAGGCAUUUACCAGCUUGCUUUCAUAAAUCUAAACUGUAAACUGCACAUCAAUCUGUUUGGAAGAAAGAAAGCGUUUUUAUCACACUGGAAUGGGAUAACUUCCCAAAUGUGUGCACUUAAACCUAAAAAUGCAGAAGAUCGAGGGUCAGGACUCUUCAGACUAAAGGUUCCAUCAACCAUAGAGCCACGCCACCUUCUAAAAGGUCCUGAAGGGGAUGAAAUCCAGAUAACACCCACAGACGAUUUCUACAAACAUUUGUUUUUGGUUCAUUAAACAAAGCUGGAAAUGAAACUAGCAAAUUUAAAACUUUCCUGUUGUAUUUCUAUCUGUUAAGCUCCACAUUUUGGAUGAUGUAUUACAUUUUAGCAGCACUUUGUGUACUUUAGUCACAACAGGCUCUUAUUGCUUGGAACACGUGGAAGAUUUUUCGUUAAAAUGGCAAAACAAUGAACAUAUUGUAUGUAGUGUUGAAUUCUAAUGUAUUGUUAUAAAAACAUUCAAUAUUUUACCAGAA